AUGUCUCGGACACCACUUGCGCCACCCAAGUCGCAGCGGAGACUACCGCAAUCAGAAGCUCUUUCCCCAAUUGACGAUUGGUCCGGCGUCUCCAAUUCAGCUACACGGCGGAGAGUGCAAAAUCGCCUGAACCAAAGAGCAUAUCGUUUGCGCCAGGAGGCAAAAGAAAAAGCCGAAAGAUUACAUCAAAGUAGAAUCACUGGGGGCAAUGAGAUCAGGGAUAUCGACACUAGCCAGGGUCACGCUGACGCAUCCGCACAUCUCGCCGUCAUCGCAUGCAACUUAUCUGCAGAGCAACAUGCCCAAUGCACAUUCGCACCUCCAACUGUACAUGAGCUUAUGCAUGAGUUUGAAGGGAGGGCCAUGAAGGAUUUCACAGAAAGCUCACCGAAAGCGGAUCAGCUUAUCAAUCUAAGCAGAAUGAAUAUCCUGCGUGCAGCCUAUGAUAAUGUCCUUGCUUUAGGCAUGAGUGCAGAGUGGAUGUGCCGCGAUGAUGCAGUCUCGAUCCUCAGUUGCGCAGGUCCGGUUUUGUCCCAUCAUGCUGUUCCUCUCAGUCUACGAGCAACAUCUCUGCAACAGCAAGUCCCGCAUCAUCCAUGGCUUGAUGCUUUCCCUUUCCCGCGAAUGAGGGACAACCUAAUUCUGGCUCGGGAUUCUCUUGAUGAUGAUGAGUUGUGUCAUGAUCUUACUGCUUUCUGGGAUACUCGUCGUAGUGAUGCGACGUUGCUUGUUUGGGGCACACCUUGGGAUCCUCGAAAUUGGGAGGUCACAGAGGGAUUUGCUAAGAAGUGGGGAUGGGUUUUGCGAGGAUCGCCUGAAAUUCUUGUCUCAACUAAUAAGUGGAGAGUGAAGAGAGAUUGA